GGCAUUUCUCCUUCUCUGUUUACCCGUGCGUUUCUCUGAGAUCAGCUGCAUUGGGUUGGCAGCUUCGUUUCUCGAUUGGCCGAGGAGGAAGGCGACUGUUCCUGUGCUGAAGCUCGCCGGAAAAAUGGACGGAGGACCGGAUUCGAAUCCGAAGACGGCGUUGUUGGCAGGGGCGGUGAAGCGCGACGGCAGCGGGAGACGCGGCCGACUCAGUCGGGGAUACUCGGUGAACUCGCUCCGUAGCGAGUUCAUUUCUAGAUUGCCUGAAAAAGUGAAGUCUCAUCUUCAGGAUGUUGAAUCUCCCUAUGAAAUUGAUCUUUCGCAGUCGACUGCCUUUAGCAGAGGGGAAAAGGACUACUAUGAAAGGCAAAUUGCUACCUUAAAGUCAUUUGAGGAAGUCGAUUCAUUGGUGACAUCUGACUGCAUUGACGAGGAAGACAGUGAAGAACGAGCUCAGGAAGAGAGGGCCAUGAAGAUCUCAAACUAUGCGAAUAUAGUACUUCUUUUAUUGAAGAUUUAUGCUACAGUACGGAGUGGAUCCAUAGCCAUUGCUGCGUCAACACUGGAUUCCUUACUUGAUCUCUUGGCUGGUGGAAUACUUUGGUUUACUCACUUGUACAUGAAGCGAGUAAAUAUUUAUAAAUUCCCGAUUGGAAAGCUGAGGGUGCAGCCAGUCGGCAUUAUUGUAUUUGCUGCUGUCAUGGCUACGUUAGGAUUUCAGGUAUUGCUUCAAGCUGCAGAACAACUAAUUCAAGAUAAACCGUCUGAGGGUCUGUCGCCAGAACAAUUCAUCUGGCUGUGCGCAAUUAUGAUCUCUGCCACAGUAGUAAAACUUGCCCUCUGGUUUUACUGCAAAAGCUCAAGAAAUGAUAUUGUGCGCGCUUAUGCGAAGGAUCAUUACUUUGAUGUCGUAACAAAUGUGGUUGGAUUAGUUGCAGCUAUUCUUGGUGAUAAGAUCUUUUGGUGGAUAGAUCCGAUCGGUGCUAUUGCCUUAGCCAUAUAUACAAUUUUAAAUUGGUCUGGAACUGUAUGGGAAAAUGCAGUUUCACUCGUGGGGAAAUCAGCCCCUCCUGAAGUCCUGCAAAAGUUGACUUAUCUUGUCAUUAGGCAUCCUGAGGUCAAACGCGUCGAUACAGUUCGUGCCUACACCUUUGGUGUUCUUUAUUUUGUAGAGGUGGACAUUGAACUUCCGGAGGAGCUUCCAUUGAAAGAAGCACACGCCAUUGGAGAAACGUUGCAGAUCAAAAUCGAAAAGCUUCCAGAAGUUGAAAGGGCAUUUGUUCAUCUGGACUUUGAAUGUGAGCAUAAACCAGAGCACUCGAUACUCAGAAGGUUACCAAACACUUAGCCCUCAUGUUUUAUUGGUAUCUAUUCCAUAACCAUCUUGACUUGUUUUGUUAUGUUUCUACGUCUUGUAUGUGCCUGCCUUUUCUUUUUGCCGGUUGAAAAAGGCUAUAUAUUUUCAAUCAGAUCAAAUAAUCAGUUUCUACUUUCAAGUUU